CGAUGCAAAAACUUCACCUUUCUGCAGAUGGUUAGAAGUUAAAAUACUGGCGGAAUCAAGAGGCAUGUGCAUGCUGAACACUCAGAAAUUAUAAAAGUUUUGCUGCCUCACUACUAUUCGCUAGGUUUUAGGACGUUUCUUAAAACUUCGGUUGUCGUUCAGUCCUAACUCUCACUGACAAUCUGUGAAUUUAAACAGUUAAAUUCACCAAAAGUUACAAAAUUUCUGGGGAAAAAAAAAAUAUAUUAUCUACCAAUCAGUGAAUGAGUCUUUUAUAAGAUACUCAUAAAUUAGCUAGAUAUGCCAGACGUUAGCAAAAUUUCCCUGUCAAGGGUCCAGAUCGCAUCAAAAUAUUUACGACAGCAGCAAAAGCAGCAUUCGCCUCGCUGGAAUGUAUUUACUUGUGCUCCAGGAAUGAUAUUGAUGAAUGAAGACCGAAUUUAUCUCAUUAAACCCGUGAUAUUUUUAACCUAAUUAAAUGACGUCUCCAGUUCAAUUGAUUGAACUUUAGUGGUUAAAAGUGAACUCUUUCUUGCCAUCUGUACGAUUUUAUAUACGUACAUGUAUAGAUUUACAAAUAUACGUUGGCGUUUGCGUCUGGGCACGCAUACGUAUGCACACGUAUAUUUUGAGGCUCGAAAGUGAAUGAGAAGUUACUGAUUGCCUAAUUUUAUUCAGCAGAACUAAAUUCUGGUAACUUUUGGAUGACCUCUGCUAGACAAAGACAGGACAGAUCUAUUGUACAUCAUAUUACCCUCUUCUUUGAUGGCUUUUCUUUUCCUCGCCUGCUUAUCAGUCCCUUCCCUUUUAACCCCGCUUCAGCUCAUCGCUCUGUAUAUUCCUUUCGAUUCUUUUUCUAAUUUUAUUUAAAGCGAGGUACCAAGCCCCGGUGGCCAUCCUGGCUAGUAGCUCAGACGGCAGGGCAGCAUCCCCGGGGGCUGGGGGAAGCCGGCUCAGACAAAAGGCUGUGGGCAGGGCAGCGGCCGCCGCCCCGGGGUACCCCUACACCUCCGGUACCUGGUUUGCGGGUGCGGCCCGCCGGAGAGGGGGGUCAUUCGGUUAGAGGGAUGUUAUUGAGUGGAAUCGCUGGAAAUGCGGGGAAAUGCGGCGGUGGGCGCUCGGCUCCCCAUUGGCCGGGCCGGUCACAUGCCCGCCUAACUUUAUUCAGUUGACAGCAAGUAGGAGGGCUCUAUGGCAGGGGAAAAAAAGACAACACGAGAAAAAUUAGUAUUUUCUACCUUCAGAAAUUAAUGGCCAUGAGUUCGUAUAUGGUGAACUCUAAGUAUGUGGAUCCCAAAUUUCCUCCUUGCGAGGAAUAUUUGCAGAAUAGCUACUUAGGCGAGCAGGGGGCCGAGUACUACAGUGCCUCGCAGGGCGCUGAUUUCCAGCACCAGGGACUCUACCCACGGUCAAACUACAGCGAGCAGCCCUUUAGCUGUAGCAAUGCCCAGGGCUCUGCCGGGCAGCCGCGGGGUCACGGACAGGAGCAAUCCGGCCCGGCGAGCCACUUCCCCGGCCCAGCAGAGCAUUGUCCACCGCCUCCAAUGUCCAACUCGCGAGCCUGCAGCCAGCAGCCGGCCCUCAAACCCCCAAACGGCUCCGCAGUUAAGCAGCCGGCAGUAGUUUAUCCCUGGAUGAAGAAAGUCCAUGUUAACUCGGUGAAUCCCAAUUACAACGGAGGGGAACCUAAACGCUCCCGCACAGCUUACACCAGACAGCAAGUCCUAGAACUGGAAAAAGAAUUUCAUUUUAACAGGUACCUGACCAGGCGCCGCCGUAUCGAGAUAGCCCACACUUUGUGUCUCUCUGAGCGCCAGAUCAAGAUCUGGUUUCAGAACAGAAGAAUGAAGUGGAAAAAAGAUCACAAACUGCCCAACACGAAGGGCAGAUCUUCUUCCUCUGGUUCAAACCCCCAUUUACAAACUGGUUCCAAGGACCAUCAGACUGACUUGACAACUUUGUAGAAGAGGUGAAAUUUUCCAUUUCAUCCUUCGCUUCUGACCAGUACUGUACAUAACUGACACUGCCCAAGCAGAACCUGCAUGUAGCAGCUAAGGACACCAGAAACUGUCAUCUUUCUUUAAGGUACUGUUGUACAAAGGAGACAAAAUGACGCUACUUUGGACUUUAUUUUAUUUGCCUCUGCUAGCACAACCUAAAAAAGGAGAACAAAACAAAGCAAAAAAAAAAAAAAAAAAAAAAGAAAAGAAAGAGAGAGGAAAAACCAAACAAACAAACCGUCAUGCAGGCAGUGGGAAUUGGGAAAAUAUUAAAUGAGACCUUCUGUCCUUAAAAAAUAAUAAAUCAUUGAAAAUGAAA